AUACCCUACUCGAUAGUCGGUAGCUUAAAAAUAUCGGUACAUCAAGCGUCACCCAUCACUAAAAACAAAGCAGGAAAGCAAAACAAAAGACAAACAUUAUAAAAUGCGUCGCCGGGAACUACAGACUAUACAACUUAAGCUCUCAGAACUCAAAGAGUAUGAGCAGGCUAAAAUGGAGCGUGCCAAGGCACGCCAACAGGUGCCGUCGCCACGCACACCCACACCCACCUCGGACAGCGACAUUAUGUUGCUGCCCUCGAGCAGUGUGCCGACAAUGUUAUUUGCUAACAACAGCAACAACGCCGACGAUGAAGCUGAGGGAACGGCCAAGGAGUCAAGGGAUGCAUAAGUUGCGCUUAUAGUAAUGGUAAG